AUGCUGCCGUCGAUCUUCAGCCAGAAGGGCGCCUCGGGCUUCUCCUGGGCCUCCACCGCCGACCAGGUCACCCAAGGCCUCACCGCCGCUGGUCUCACCGCCAUCGUCACCGGGGCGUCGAGUGGCAUCGGCGCCGAGACGGCACGGGUCCUGGCGGCGCGCGGCGCCCACGUCGUCAUGGCCGCCAGGAACGUCGCCGCCGCUGACUCCGUGCGCCAGGCCGUGCUGGCGGCCACCCCAGCAGCCACCCUCGACGUCAUGGAGCUCGACCUCUCCUCCAUGGCCUCUGUCCGCAAGUUCGCCGCCGACUUCAACGCCAAGGGCCUUCCGCUCAACAUACUCGUGAAUAAUGCAGGACUGUUGGCAACUUCCUUCACCCUCUCAAAGGAUGGCAUAGAGAUGCAGUUUGCAACUAACCAUGUUGGGCACUUUCUCUUGACACAUCUUCUACUCGAGACGAUGAAGAAGACCUCUUGUGAAUCAAACGUGGAAGGAAGAAUCGUCAAUGUUUCAUCAGUGGGCCACAGGUUUACAUACCAGGAAGGCAUCCGGAUUGACAAGAUAAAUAAUGAGGCUGAGUAUAGCGCCAGUGGAGCGUAUGGCCAGUCAAAACUUGCAAACAUUUUGCAUGCUAAUGAACUUGCUAGAAAAUUUAAGGAAGAGGGUGUUAACAUCACUGCAAAUUCUCUCCACCCUGGAUCUAUCAUCACGAACAUUCUGCGCAACCACAGUAUCAUAGAUUGUAAAUAUAAACGAUACUUCUACUUGUGGGUUAACAUUAGAUUUCCGUUGGGGGCGGCAACCACGUGCUACGUCGCGCUGCACCCGGGCGCGAAGGGUGUGUCGGGGAAGUAUUUCUGCGACAGCAACGUUUAUGAGGCGAGCGAGAAGGCCAAGGACGUGGAGCUGGCCAAGAAGCUCUGGGACUUGAGCAUCGAGCUCACCACCUGAAGAACGCUCCUCGUGUCCUGUGAGAGAUUAUAGGAUGGGAGGAAAGCGAUACAGUAUUGCAAUGUGCCAAUGUAGACACCUGACUGAAGCUUUAUCGGAACGAUGGUGAAGCAGAGGAUUUGGUCUCUGAAACUGUUAUACAAGUGGAGGAAACACAUGGUCUGUCUGAA